AUGUCUCUAAAUUACAUCAAAAACUUCUAUGAAGGAUGUGUAAGUACUAUUCAAAAAAAUUUCCACACCCUUUUCUUCGGAUCUAUCCGAAUGUUCUUCCUUGGAGUGUUGGGCUUUGCGGUUUAUGGGAAUGAGGCUUUGCACUUCAGCUGUGAUCCAGACAAAAGAGAGAGAAAUCUCUUCUGUUACAAUCAGUUCAGGCCAAUCACUCCACAAGUGUUCUGGGCAUUACAACUAGUGAUUGUCCUGGUUCCUGGAGCUAUUUUCCAUCUUUAUGCUGCAUGCAAAAGCAUCAAUCAAGAGUGUAUUCUUCAAAAGCCCAUCUACACUGUGAUUUACAUCUUUUCAGUUUUAUUAAGAGUUAGUCUAGAAGUGAUAGCAUUUUGGCUUCAGAUCCACCUUUUUGGUUACCAAGUAAAACCUCUUUACUUGUGUGAUGCUGGAUCUCUUGGGAAAAAAAUGACUAUGAUAAAAUGUAUGGUUCCAGAACACUUUGAAAAGACCAUUUUUCUCAUUGCAAUGUAUACAUUUACUGUAAUUACAAUGGUACUAUGUGUUGCUGAGGUUUUUGAGAUCAUAUUUAGAAGAUUAUGUUUUCUAGUUAAGCAAUGA